AUGGCGUCGAUAGAGGAUCGAGAAGUGAUGGAGAGAAUCGGCCGUUUGGCUGGUCAAAUCAAUCGUCACAAGAAUCAACAAGCGGGUGUCGCUCCCGCUCGCCAUGCUCGAACGCAUCAUCGUAUGUCGACCGGUCGACCGAUUUAUUAUCACGCCGGAACUGACGCGUUUCAAGACGCUGGAUAUUCCACUGGAUGGCGCCGCGGCGGGUUCCCGCAUCGGGGUGGCCAUUCCAGCGCCCGGAUGCCCGUGUACCGCAAUAGGAGCCUUGUUUUGAAUAAUGGAACCCAACAGAACCAGCCCGGCGACGCGGAAUCAGGCACUACGUCUGAUGCAUCCACCUCGUCGUGGGUGACUAAGAACGAUCGCCACCUACAACUGAUCAAUACAAACGUCUACGCCAAGGACACGCAAGCGCGAACCGCUGCCAUCGAACAGACCCGUCGCCAGAAACUUGUCCUUAGAGACAGGCAAGAGCGUGCUAGGUUGACAAACCAUAUCAACCGGAUGGUAAAUAGCGGAGGAUUUGCGGGGGCUAACCAGCAGGUCGCCGGCAAGUACGAGAUCACCGUCCAGGGCGUUCGGUUCCUGGUCGUCAGCAACGGCAGCAAACUCGUCAAGGUUCCCGGUGCGUCGCAACCUAGCACGACAACUCCUCAGGAUGCUCACAUUGGCACAGGCGAUAACAACUCGGCAAAGGCGACUCCAAAAAUGGCACUCGUGGGGGGAGUCAAGUUCUACCGGAGCAAGAACGGCAAUCUGUAUCGCCACGGCAUAGUGAAGGCGCAGCGGUAUGUCUCCUGGGACCUCGGGGCCGGGCAACUGACCCCAGGAUUUUCUGGCAGGCAAUCUGGCGCUGUAAAAAAGGUCAACAUGCCUUGCAAACAGUUUUCGAUGACGGGUAACAUUAUUUCCUCGACCGAUGUCCCGAACAACACCACUCCCCUGGCCGGGCUUCGGGAUUUCGGCUUCUACGGCUAUUGCCAAAAGGGCGCUAGUUGCCCGGAUCGCCACGUCUUCGAGUGCCCCGACUUCAGCAACACGGGUGUUUGUAAGAUCAAGGGGUGUAAGCUGCCGCAUCGGGAGAGGGCAAGCGUCCUCCGGAAAGGAGCGGGCGGACGGGAUCUGUCCAGCGCAGGAGACGGGGAUGAGGAGAUGGCAGACCUUUCCAGCGACGACGACGGCGAGUCGAUCGACGAGGACGAUGUCGACUCGGAUGAGGUGGACGAGUUCAUCGGCCAUGACGAAAACGGGGGCCUUGAUUUCGCGGAUCAAAAGGACUUCAUCGAGCUAUGA